CCUCCUCCAACAAGAGGAGGAAGAAGAAGAGCUAAAGCUAACGGGAAUACGGUGGUAAUCUGCCUCCAUCGUACCGACCAACCGACACUGACCAGAAAAACCUGUUGGAAAAAUGGCGUUCACGUUCGCGGCCUUCUGUUACAUGCUCGCUCUGCUGCUCACGGCGGCGCUCAUCUUUUUCGCUAUCUGGCAUAUAAUUGCGUUUGAUGAGCUGAAGACGGACUACAAGAACCCCAUAGAUCAGUGUAACACUUUGAAUCCGUUGGUGCUGCCUGAGUACCUCAUUCAUGUCUUCUUCUGCGUGAUGUUCUUGUGUGCGGCCGAGUGGCUCACCCUCUUCCUGAACUUACCACUGCUGGCGUAUCAUGUCUGGAGGUAUAUGAGCAGACCUGUGAUGAGCUGUCCUGGACUCUACGACCCGACAACCAUCAUGAACGCUGACAUCCUGGCCUACUGUCAAAAAGAAGGCUGGUGCAAACUGGCUUUCUACCUGCUGUCGUUUUUCUACUAUCUUUACGGGAUGAUCUAUGUUCUGGUGAGCUCCUAAAUGCUGGCAGAAGAAAAGCACCUCCACACAGACGGCAGACACCGAUCCAGGUGCUGGAACACUGGACCUGCUGGAGACUACAGCUCAGCAACACGAGAUGCCAUUUCCAGUGGUUGAACUCCCACACAUCGCAGAGCGUCAUUUUGGAAACAUUUAGCCUCUUCAAGAUGCUCUCUCGGCCGCAGCGUUCCUCACAUACUACAGCUUAAAACUAUUACCGUAAAACCUGGACAAAUCUGAACGGACAAGUCACCUUUUUUUAAAAUGAUUUUUAUGCAUUUUGGGAUUUAAAUAAAGUUCUUUUCCAUUGUGGUUCUGAGUUUACAGAUUAGGUGUAAAAUCUAAGUGUGUGCUGAACUGCAUUACCUGUUUUCGAAUGAGAUUUUCUGUAACAGCUGAUUUAGCUUUAGAACGAUCGCUUGAACAAGUAAAUCAGAUUUUGUUGUUUCUCGCAGACACCAAACUGAACAUCUGGAGACUGAAAUGGGUUCAUUUAAUUUAAUGAGCAUCUUUCAUACAAGCCGUUAAAAACAUUCAGACUUAAAUUUAACUGUGUUCAGACUUCUGGAAAUCUUUGGUUCUGUGUGCAUCCAGAGAAUGCCACCGUGUGUUUGUGACGUGUAGAAGAACCCUCACAGCUACCGGUAAAGGUAGACUCGUAUUAGAACCGUGUUCUGCAUAAAGAAGCAGCGAUACUUUUGUUUUGUGUGCAGCGUCGAGCUUUGCUUGCUGACAAAGUGAAAUGCCGUUGAAUGUACCGGUACCUUUUCAAAGUCUGUGAAUUUCGUUCAUCACUAAAUACGCCACAUUGUUUGGAACUGUUGAUUGAUGCUGUUUUUAUCUUUGCUUUUUAGGAUUUUUGUCUCUUCAAGGAUAAAGAACUCCACAAUGUCACUCCAAAGGUGUUUUAGAUUUUGGACACCAAUAACCCAAAAUGAUACUUUUGUUGCAAGUAUUUAUUGUUGAUUCUAAUGUGUUAAAUUAUCAGUGCAAGUUUUCCUAAAUCUUUUCAUUUUUACUUUGUAUUAGAUCCCAUCAUGUCACUUGUAGAAAGACUUAUUUCAAUAUAAAUGAAAUUACACAGCCGUGAAACUUA